CGUACACAAAAGAGCACGAACACGUGAGAUUGUUAAAAGUCUAGUUUUCGGUUGCUGUACCAUGGAUACCACUUUGCUGGAGAAAUUGAGCCAAUACUGUGACCAAGUGGUGGGAGGCAGAGACGAUACAGGAUGUGAAUUGCAAAGGAAAGCCAAAAAAAUUAAAAAGAAAAAAAACAAGAGGGAGGUAGUGUUAGAUGAAAGCAUUGAAGAGACAAUAGAAGAAUCACCUGUGAAGAAAAAGAAACGAAAAGAUAAAAAAGGCUCAAAAGAGUCGGAUGUAGAAGGAGUGAUUUCAAAUAUAAAGAAGAAAGAGAAAAGUGUUUGUAAUGAUGACACUGACAUGCAUGAUAGUGCAAGCAAAACUACGAAGCAGUAUAUAGAAAAUGUCAAAACAGUUAAUGGCGAAAAAUUUACAGAUGAUGGCUUCAAAGUUGUGUCGUUUGUACCUGAUGAUGAUUCAGAUAUUUCUGAUGCAUUUGAGUCUGACAUUGACAUGGAAAACUGGUCCUCUCCAAAAGCACAAAAUAAGAUUGAUGUGAGACAGCCACCAAAAGUACAAACGAAAGUUGGUGUGACACAUCAGCCACUGCCAAAAGAGAAAGAAACCAAAAUGACAGACGAUGGUUUCAAGAUCAUAACAGAGAUUCCAAAGGAUGACAGUGAUGUUAGUGAUGCAUUCACAGAUGAAGAAGACGAAGGUUUCAUUACAGGAGAGGAAUUAGCAGCAAAGAAGAAACAGUUAAAUUUAAAAAGACAGCUGAAGAAACCCCUUCUGAAAAUGAUUGAUGAUUUUGGUAUUGAUGAUACUGCGUUACUUGGAAGAACAAAGGAAAAAGAGGAAGUUAUUAAUAAACCAGCCAAGAAAUUAAAGGGAUCCUAUAAUACACUGACUUUAGCUGCUCAGAAGAAACCUAGGGAGGAAGUUGUUGUAAUAGAUUACACCAAAAAACGAGGAUCUGGAAAGAAGAGAAAAGACCAAGAAGAGGAGAGUGAGGAGAACACAGAAGAAUCCCCAGGGCUGGUGAUAACGGGAGAGGAGGAUAUGAAGAAAUUAAGGUUCGAAGUUAUGAAGUUUGGCAUGACUGGGUUCCAGAAGAAGAAACAAGAGGACGAGAGAAUUAAUCUGGCUGUAAGACUGGGAGCAAAACCACCCAAGAAUAAGGCUAUCAACUAUAAGCAGUUGAUAGAGAUGAGGAAAGAAGAGAAAAGGAAAGAGUUGGAGGAACAGAAGGCAAAACAAGAAGCAGGACUUCAGUUUAAGAAGUCCUCAAAGAAGAAGCAGUCUUCCAAAAAUAAACCACGAAAUGUUAAUAAGGUGAAAGGGGUUGGAGGACAAAUUGGCCACGAAAAGAAUGGAAUGCGAAUACUCUCGAAGAAAGAUAUUGAAAGGAUUAAUGCUUCCUAGACCACAUAGUCACUUAUUUUCAAUGUUAGAUAUAUAUAUAUUUGAUGAUGUAUAAAUAAGUAAAAUAAAUGUUUCAACAAUGAUUUAAAAA